UUAUAUUUCGUUCACAAAACUAAUUUUAAAGAUAUUUUGUCAAUCAAUAGAGAGAAGAAGAGGUGACUAAUGGCGAAUUUGAUGAUGCUGAGGUUACCUAGCAGCUUGAGAAGCUUCUCUGUUUCCGCUUCUUCUUCUUCAAACGGUUCGCCGCCCGUGAUCGGAGGAUCUAGCGGCGGUGUAGGGCCGAUGAUCGUGGAGUUGCCGCUGGAGAAAAUACGGAGACCGUUGAUGCGAACAAGAUCCAAAGACCAGAACAAAGUGAAGGAGCUCAUGGAUAGCAUUCGCCAAAUCGGUCUUCAAGUUCCGAUCGAUGUGAUCGAAGUUGAUGGAGCUUACUAUGGCUUCUCGGGUUGUCACAGGUACGAGGCACAUCAGAAGCUAGGUCUACCAACUAUACGUUGCAAAAUCCGCAAAGGAACAAAGGAAACAUUAAGGCAUCACCUUCGCUGAGAGCCUGAGUAUAUUCAUCACUUUAUUCGAUGAAAUGUGUACUUGGUGGAAUCUGUGUAUUUGUCCGUAUAAAAGAAUUUAAAUAAGAACUUUGUAACAUCGCUGAAAUUCUCUGAAUGGUCGGAGAAAGAGGAUAAGAGGAAUCCACUAUAUAUAUGUUCAGUAUCAAGUAGCAGAAACCGUCCGAAUAAUUCGAUUAUAUGAAACAAGUCUUACUA